AUGGCCAGAAUCACAAAUAAGACAGUUGUAGAGAUGGGCCAAGAGAGGAUUCAAGAAAAGAAGAUUGAGAACUAUGAUAAAUAUCGAGCAAAGAGGGUGUGGAAGAUAGAUGAAGAUGAGGAAGACUAUGAAGCUGAGUUUCAAGCAUUUUUAAAGGAAGACGAUGAGAAGGAUAAGGGCCGCUAUAAGUUUAGGGCACUCAUGGAUGUCUUAGGGCCAGCAAAAGAGAAAGUUGGAUCCGAUUUUCUAAAGAAAGAUGCCAUUAUCAUCCAAAAACCAGCCCCUACUACUAAUGAAGAUCCUAUUAUGAAGCCAAAGCAGAAGCGCAAGAACCCGUAUAGGGGCAUCCGGCGACGCCCUUGGGGCAAAUGGGCUGCUGAAAUCCGUGAUCCUAAAAAAGGUGUUCGUGUUUGGUUAGGGACAUAUAAAACGCCAGAAGAUGCUGCUAGGGCAUAUGAUGCUGAGGCUCGCAAGAUCAGAGGCAAUAAGGCAAAGGUGAACUUUCAUGAUGAGGCACCACCAAACAUAAUGACUAAUAUACCAGAGCCAAUUGUUACUGUAAUGCCACCAAUGCUUGUUUCAGCAGAGAAGUUUAAUACCAACGCACCGGUACGCCAUGCAAACAACUCAAACGAGGAUUUAUUUUCGGUGGUGAACUUUAGUGGCAAUAAUGCUCGCUCAGUUCCUAAUGAGGGCUUUGGGUUACUCUCUAUGAAUGUGCCUAAUGUGCCCAGUGCACCUUAUGAGAUUUCAAGGAUGGAAGUGUGUCCAAAUCAAAAUAUAUUUUCAGCCUGUUCUUCAAGCAACGGAUUAGUUAACUUUAGUGCAAACAAUGCUAGCUCAAUUGGUACUGAGGGUUCUGGGUUGCUCUCUAUGAAAAUGCCCCAUGCCCCUUCUGUGAUUCCAACGAUGGGUCAUUGUCCAAGUCAAAAUAAAUUUUCAGUUGGUUCUUCAAGCAAUGGAUCGGGCAAUGAUGCUAUCAAGAAUCUAAAUGCAUGCUCCUCCUUACCACAUCUUGGUAUGCCAAUGUUCAGUCAAUGUACUUUUGCUGGUCCACCAAUGAUGAUAGAAAGAAAUGUCGGCACGCUUGUUCCUACUUUGAGCAAUGCUGCACCCAUUGUUCCGUUUGGUGUGGCUAGUGUUGAUGCUGGGAUAAAAGUAAUUGAUCAGCAGCCUAUCCUCCAGGUGGUGGAAAAUGAAUCUAUUCCUUCCAAUUUACAAGGUGAUGUUAGUGAGGAUGUGGCUGCAGAGAUCACAAUGUGGGAUUUCUAUGACCAGCUGUUAGCCAAGGCAAACUGA